AUGGCGGCAAACGUAGAAGAAGACAGAAAUGUGAGUAGAAGAUCAGAGGAUAUUGAUGAACUCAGGCAGAAGCUUGAAUACACUACUUUUCAACUAGAGUCUGUGAAGAAGAAGGCGGAUGAGGAAGCAAUUAGACACAAUGAGCAGUUGAGGCAUUUAUUCAGUCUCGUAAACAUUACUUGCAAAGAAAGAGAUGAAGCAAGACAUCAGCUGCAGAAACUUCUCAACAAGUUUAUGUCUUCUGCUGACCCAACUGACUUAGUCAAUCCAAUUCUUCCCCAUGUCCAACCUGCAAAAGCCAACUCCAGCAUUACAGAAUCCAACAGUUUGUCCCAUUCACCCGGUUUCUCUCCUGUUGAUUCCUUAUUCGACAACAUUAACAUGGCUGAUUCGGGUUUUGUUAAUCAGCCAAACAAUCUUUGUUUUGUGUCUAAAUCAAUGACCAAAACUGAACCAUGUGGCGUUGCAAUGGACAAUGCUAGCAAGGGAAGACCUUUGCCUGAAAAGGGGAAGCUCUUGCAGGCUGUAAUGGAUGCCGGUCCACUUCUCCAGACGCUGCUAGAUGCUGGGCCGCUUCCAAAGUGGAAAAACCCUCCUCCUCCGCGAAUUUGCAAAAUCCCGCCAGUUCCGAGUAAGAAGAAAUGCAGGCCUGCAAUUGUGAAGCCAUUGAACUCAUUGUCGUGUAUGGAGUCACAGAUAUCUUCACCUUCCACAUUGAAACUUUCAAACGGUAUGAAUGUUUCAGGUCCUAGUAAUAGCAUUCGAAUUCUGGCUGACAAGCGACAAAAAGUUUUCGGUAGGAUGAACCAGAGUUUUAGUUUUUAG